CACAGUCUCUAUCACAUGACAGUGGGUGGGGAAGUGGACCCGUAUAUAGCUGUGCCUCUCCAGCCGGGUCAGGAACAGGCGCCAAGGACAGAGACGCUGACGAGCACACCAGCCCUGCUCCUCUGCCACCUUUUCACCAUGAAGCUGUUUGCAAUGACCGUGCUGCUGCUCACCAUCUGCAGCCUCGAAGGGGCUUUGGUUCGGAGGCAGGCAGAGGAGUCAAAUCUGCAUAGCCUGUUCUCUCAGUACUUCCAGACCUUAACCAGCUAUGGGAAGGACCUGCUUGAGAAGGCUAAGGCCCUGGAGCUUCAGACUCAAGCCCAGACUUACUUAGAAAGCACGCAGGACCAGCUGGCACCUCUGGUCAAGAAGGCUGGAACUGAUCUGUUUAACAUGUUGAGCAAUUUCAUGGACCCCAAAAAAACACAGCCUGCUACCCAGUGAGGUAUCUGAAUCAUUGUCCUGCAACCCCUACUGGUCCCUAAAACACCCACAGGCCAGGUCUAGAGCCCUUCUCUCUAUAUACCUUCUAUUUUCUACAAUAAAUGCAGGAGUCACACUC